CGUCACUUGAGGUUAAAUGCAACCGAACAUCUUCUACGUCAACUACUCUUCCUAGCGGAAGCCUUCUUACUCCUUUCUGUUCUUUCUGCCAAACCCUGCGUGUGGCUUCGGGAUUGGCGUUAGGCCUAUACAGCUGACACGAACGCUACUGCACACAAUCGUCGCGUGAGAUCCAGCAGUCCAGAAUAUAAAAGGUUUUGUUCGUUAGAUCAGGUUUUGGACUCAUCGGGCGACUCCGAAGGGCCAUGGCCACGCCUCAGACAAAGGACAAGGCAAUGACGCCUCCUACGAGUAUCGACGAAUUUGUGGCCUCCUUGGAUCUCCCACAAGAGAAAGCUGAAGAAGUUACGACUGUUUUAAACUUGGAAGGUCUUCCAUCCUUGCUGAACGGGACGAAAGUCGAAAGGGACGUUCCGAGGCUGGCCGACAUCUCGUGCGAGAUAGCGCAGAUCGUACUUGGGCCGAACACAUUGAGGGAAAAGCGCGAAGUGAAGGAUUUGGUGGAAGAGAGUUGGUCCCAGACAUGCUGGGAAAUUCCAGCGUGCGUUGUUCGGCCUCAGACUGCGAAACAAGUAUCCCAAAUCUUGCGCAUUGUAUCAUUCUUCAAAUCCCGAUUUGCGGUUCGCAGCGGAGGACACUCUCCUAAUCCGGGAGCAGCAAGCAUCUCCAAUGGUGUCUUGAUCGACCUGCAUCAGAUGAACAAGAUCAGCAUAGAUUCCGGACACAACGUAGCAAGCGUUGGACCCGGAGCCCGGUGGGGACAUGUUUAUGCAUUCCUCGAUCAGUAUGGUGUCACCGUUAUUGGGGGAAGAAUUCCUCAGGUCGGUGUGGGAGGACUCAUCCUGGGAGGUGGCUUGUCGUAUUUUAGCGGAGAGUACGGCCUCGCUGCAGACAAUGUUAGCAGUAUGGAGGUCGUGUUGGCAGAUGGCACAAUUGUGACCGCGGAUCAUGAGCAUCGCAGCGAUUUGUUCUGGGCUUUGAAGGGUGGAGGUCCGAACUUUGGUAUCGUAACUCGAUAUAAUCUCCGCACGAUACCGGUAAAGAAUAUCUGGUACGAGUCGAUGGUGUUCUCUAUCGACAAGGCUACCGCGCUUCUUGACGCAUUUGCCACUUGGCAAUCAUCCUCGGAUACGAAAGCGUCUGUUGCCCUGGUCAUCUCCUUGAACGCGAUCAUAGUUGGCCUCGUGUAUCUUCGGUCGACGGAGAGACCUUCAGUUUUCCAACCCUUCUACGAGAUUCCACCGCUUUUCCCGGCGGUGCCCCCUACGAAUGGAACCGUGCUGGCGUUGAGUCAGAUAACGGGAGCCUCAUCAGUUUCUACGUCGCCAAGACAUGACUACCGUGCUGCCAGCAGCAAGGUCGACGUCGACCUUUACAAACAAGUCUACCAGCAUUGGAUCAACAAGGCGACUGCGGUCCAUGAGUCGACUGGUGCAAAUCUUACGUUUGUUCUUCAACAUAUCCCCCCCAAUCUGGUCAGGAAGGGCAACUCGAAUGGUGGCAAUCCACUCGGUCUUGCGCCAAUUUCACAGCAAUGGUGGACUACAAUUGCGGAUUGGGAUAAUCCCGAAGAUGAUGCAGUCGUUCGCGACGUGGCGAUCUCGACCUCUCAAAAAUGGGAAGAAAUAGGGAAAGCUCAUGGAUCCUACCUCCCCUUCAAAUACAUGAACGACGCAUCACGCGAUGAAGAUCCACUGGGAAGUUAUCCAGUUGCCAACCGCAAUCGCUUGAGAGCAGUUGCAGCCAAGUAUGAUCCCUUCCGCGUAUUUCAGACUCUUCAGAAUGGUGGUUUCCUAUUAUCUAAGUCUUGAUGCGAUUCAGAACCGGUCGAACUAUCAAGUAGUCUUGGAAUGAAAAUGCUUACCUGGG